AUGGGGCUGUCUCCUUUGAGCGAGGGUCGUCCGUCUUCGCUGGGCGUCGGGGUGCGGGGGGGAGGGAGAGGGCGCGACGCCAGUGUCCCCCGGCUGUUUGAGCUCUCCGACGAGCUCGGGCUGGGGCACGGGGCUAGCGGGAUGCGGUGGAGCCAGCUGUCGAUUUUUGACGAUCAGGAUCUGUUGCCGCAGUGCUGCUUCCUGCUAGUGACUCCCGGCAAGCCAAGCUUCCUGUGGAUCGGAGAGGCCUUCGCUGCGGGUCUUGUGCAGGUUGUGAGCUCGCUGGAGGAGCUGCAGGAGCUGGCCAGAGACAUCGCCGUGAAGGACGCGAGGAGACUAUCGGACCGGACACUUCCCCUACCCUCGGACGUGGAGACGGCGGUGAUCGUUCCUGGAGACGGCAACGAGCCUCCGGAGUGGUGGUCCGCAUUCGAGAGCGGGUACACAUAGUGGCGGGGGGGGCAGGGAGGGUCCUCGAGCAGCACGACCGAAACGGAUUUGCAAUCGCUUGGGGCUCCGGACCUCUCUGCGUCGGAUACCGAGCACGAGCGGGGCGGGGGUGUCGUGUGCGCGGAAGGAAGCUGGAGUCGAGCGAUGGCGGCUGGGCGCGGUGGGGCUUGUUGGUGGGCAUUUUCCAUUCGAAAUCUAUUCAGAUACACCGGGAUGGAGGAGGGCGCGGAAACGUCGUGCGUGCGUGUGCGUGUAACCCUUGGGCAUCUUACGGCACGGUACGGCGGUUACAUGGGGAAGGAAGAGGAAUUGGGGGGGGGGGGUAGGAGAGAGAAACCCCGCCGUACUUAGUCGCCGGGGCCCCUAGAUCACCCCGCGCCUUGUAUUGGUCCGUUCGUUCAACUGUAGGGUGGGACAGGGGGUCUUUACGAUGAGCAGAUAGGUAGCGACGUGACGUGGCGGUUGCAGUUUAGGUCGCCAAGCAAACGUUCUGCAACUCUUUGUGGGAGCACGUGCGUCGUGGCUUGGUACCAGCGUCGCCGAGAGGGGCGGAGUGCUGGGAGGCGGGCGGGCGGGAGGGCGGGGGGCGGCAAGACUGCUGAAAUUGGUUCAGAGGCCUAACUAGCUCGAGUCUCCGCUGGCGGCGGAGAGUGGCUGAACUGUCGCGUUACGCAGCGGGAGGCAGAGAAGCAACUACCACACGUACGAUGAGGACAAGCCCGAACAGGGUCGGUUGUGUUGCGCUUAAGAUUAGCGUGGGAGAAUCGUGUUCCAUUUUGGGCCAAGUGGAAGCGUAGUGAGGAAUGGCCCUCUUGAAAGGCAAGGGAGUAGUAGCAGGUGACCAUUCGGGGGUGUCAUCCGAAAGAUGCGUCCGCUUUGAUUUUGUGGAUGAGUAUAGCGACUGAGUCGCUGAAAAGACUGGGAGGUAGAGGGGGUAUCACGUUAUGAGGUAGCGGUUGUUGAGGCACACGAGACGAGGAAGCGCGAAGGCUCGUAGUACAGGGCUAGGUUGACCCGACAAUCGAGUCGAGCUGUUCGAACGCCUUGUCUGCUCCCGUAGCAUCGUAGCACUCCACGCCGUGUUGAAACACGCGCUUUCGAGCGUUGGCGGCGAUCUCACCGAUCAAGGAGAACGGUGUUGUAACCGACGAAGGGUUUGCAUCUUACGCCGAACCGGGGAUGGGCACAAAUCAUCCCCUGGCGGCCACGGGCCGGGGCGUUUUUUAUGAAGGGCUGCGUGUGGGGGUCUCCACUCGAUAUUGUAACGGGGGCAGCUAUCUCUCUCUUGUGCCCGUCUGUUUUUGUUUUGGCAGUGUCGUCUAUUUAAUACAUCAACAACCAGUUUUUGAUAAGUUAACUGUUUGUCGGGACCUCGCCGGCUCUAAAAAGCCGAGAACACCCAACCUAGCUAGUGGGAUUGCUUCGCGUAACGUCUGCUCUGAUACCCUCCAAAGAUUUAAGCUUGUGGAGCCGCGGGGGGGGGGGGAGGGGGGGAGGAUCUCGGUCUGUGCGUUCCUCUUGAACUCAGAAUGACGGGGUUUUUUUCAAGAAUUCGCGUCCGAAUUUGUCGGGAAGGCGCUGCAGGUGAACGACGCAAUUCGCCACGCAGUUGGUCCCCUAGCUCGGUGCACCACGCGUUGUGUGUGAAGAUCUCUCGCUCGCCGUGGAGGGUUUAUUGCAGUGGCGGUGGCGGGUGCUGCUGUUCUCUUAGGUCUGGGGUUACCUCCGGAGUGGCCUGCGUCUGGCGAGCGGGGCUGCAAAAAAUUGUACAUAUAGCAGCUUGUCGGGUACUUGUUUCAUUUGCCGUGGCUCUUCCCUCCCCUUGUGGUAUAUUUUUGUUUGUUGCCUGAGCGGUCCGGUCAGAGUCGGAGUCGCGGGCUGUGUUUUUCCGGCUUUUCGGGUGCCCUUAAGCUUUGGUUCCGUCCGUCUGUGUAGAAUUAUUCACGCGAGGAAAUGUUCUUCUUCGCCGCGAGUGUCGGGACGGUUUUUUCUUUUCCAGGUUCUGUUAAUUUGCCUUGGAAAUUACGUCCUCGUCCUCGGAAAGACGGAACAAGAAGUGGGCACUGGAUAGAGGGUAAAUUAGCGGUUUUUAACAUGAAGGCCGCGGCUUGCUCAGAAGGGGAGACGAGUUGUAAAAUGUCGCGUGGUGGUUUUGUCGGAGGGGGGUGGAGGCGGAGAGGCAGCCGCCAAGGGGGGGAUAGCUUCUGCAGUGCCGAGCGUUGUGGUAAGGAAGAGGCGUCUUUUGAGCUGAAGAGCCCCAAAAGAAUAUUCGCAGAAUUUUCGUCGCCGGUUCCUGCGAGGGAGAGAGGCUUCGAUAGCGAGAGGCUCGUUCGUUUGUUUGGCUCUUUUCUUGUCCUUCUAUGGGUUUUGUUGACUCUUUCCUCGGUUGGCGUCUGUCUGUGUUGCGGGUGUUGGAACUCCGCCUGUGCUCCCUUUGCUGGUGCCUGGGUGCGGUGGGCUGGGGAGCCACGAACAAACGCGCUGCUGUCGAGAGGCGAAUCAAGCGCCCACCUUGUUGAUGUUACGUGUGUCGCGCCCUUUUCUGAUUUUGUGCAUGAGGAAGUAUCUACUACUAUUACUAAAAUAUAAUAAUAAAAAAAAUCGUUCACGUAGAGGUUCGUUGUUUGGUACCGUCUUUCUUAGACCGUGUCGCUCUCUCUGAUUGUAGCCCCGAAGGUCUUGGGGCGACAAAUUUUACAGGUCCCCGUAUAGCGUGUACGUACGUGACUAUGAAGGUGUGCAUGUUGCGGGGGCGGUGAGUAAUUCUGCUUUGAGUUUCCUUGUCUGCAAGCUGAGCGGUCGGUGGUCAGCGAUAGCUCCUUGAUGUAUGUGUGUAGUGUCGUUCUGUCUCGAUAGCCCCCCCCCCCCCCCCCCUCUUUCUCAACGCCUGGGGCACGUGUCCAGGGAACUGGUGCGCGAUUUAUUUGGGGAAAAUAUCUGUGAGAGCCGGAAACGACGUCCUCACCCGGCGUAGCGGGUAUCAUUCAAGUACUUGAUAGCUUCAUGUUCCUCUCCCGCGUCGAACAACAUUGGGUGCGUUGUUUGUACGGGGGAAAAUACCUGUGAGAGCCGGAAACGACGUGGGGGGGAGGGCUUGAUGAUUGCCUUCGUUUGCAUUGCCCACCACGUGUGUGUGACCACAUGAUGAAUCUAUGGGUCGAUUUUUGUGUGUGCUGAAUAUUUUGAGUCGAUAUCUACGUAUCUCCCUUUCGUUUCGCGAGGUAACGGAUUGACGCUGACUGGCUGCUGUGGUUUGUUGUGGUUGUACGAUGAACUUUUGUUGUUCAAAGCUGCAUGGCAAUGGGGAAAAGGUACUACAGAAUGAAAAAGCGUCUUAGGUUGGUCGUCUCCGGCCUCUGCUUGGUCGUUGUCGACGGCAGUAUGUCCGGACCGACCUCCUUGGUAUCAAACGAGACCGUUGUUCUGUGAACGGGGUAUAUAGGGUACUCGUGCAGCUAUUAUACCACAGUACGUUCCGAAGAAGACACACACGGUAGCUCUGCGCUUCCGGUUGGCGGCGUUUUGAUUAUGCGGUGAGAUCGCAAGAAUGCAAUCGACCAAUUAACAACACGGAGCAACGGUGGUGGUGUUGUUGUUUCGAAAACAUGCCGGGAGGGCACGUGGGGGCGGCCCUGCCCGUGCUGUGUCGUGAGGCUAUUGGCUGCCAGGACGGAGGGUAUUGCGAGCAAGAUGGUUUUGGUUGUUUAUCGUCGGUUUUGUGCCGUUUGUUUAUCUAUCUUUUGUGUUCGACAUUCGGUCGUACGAUUUCUGCGCUCCCCCCCUUUCUCCCAUGCAUGUCCUCUUUUUUGUUUCGAUCGAGUAUUUGUGGAGCAUAAAUUAGUGUGUGUUUUUGUUUUUUGGAGGGAUACGGAAUAUCAAGCAACAGAUGGCACCUCAGUUGGGUAUUCUACCGCAUCCAUCGUCCUUGUUUUCCAUUCGGGGUUUACAAUUUGUCGGGGACGGGGGGUAAUCGCUGGGUACAAGAGGAUGUGCCGGUAUCAUGUAGGCUUCUGGCAUGAGAGGAAAGUAGUGCAGAACAAGACAUUUAUAGGAUUAACCAAGCGUGGACUUGUUAAAAUGACUACUAUACAAUAUAAUAUCGCGAAACCAAUGGCAUAAUGUACGGGUCGUUCUUCGUUGACCGCACGCGCUAGCUGACUAGCUACUAUCGGUUGGAUGUCGAGCUUGAGCACACACCCGCAAAGCAAAAGUGCGAACCCCAGCCUGUCUGUGGUGGUGUUAUGUGGUUUCCACCAUGCGUGAUGGCCGGCGGUGUGAAAAACAAGCACUGGCAGCACUCCGCACGGACGGCGGUGGGUGGUGGUACCGUACGUGUUGCCCACGUCGUACGUGCCGUGCAGAGAGAGAGGAGGAGGUGAGAAACAAAAAAAAUCCCGUCUACGUGUGGCCGUUUCUCCUUCUGUACGGUCAUAAUGCCGAACGUACGUAAUACGUGUAAACCUGACGUCCAGCAAGAAUUUGAAUGAGGAUGACGGUGCACCCACAGACAGUCGGGUUGGGGUCGAGUCCCUCACAGCGUCCGUCCAUGUUGCUUCUUCUCUGGCUCCAGGGAGAUGAGUAAGACAAGAGACGAGUCUUUGGUCAACUCAGCAGCAGCAGCAGCGCUUGCUUGCGAAGGGCGACCCCGCCGACAACAUCGUGCAGAUUUUGGGGUUUGAGCGCCACGAAGCUCUUUUUCGGUUGACGAUCACCUAGGUAAGUAGUCGGUCUUCUGUGUGUUAAUAUAAGGCCAACAAAAGCUUUCCUCGCUUCGGUGCUUUGCGACCAACCAAACGUAGUAUAGCGUGACCGGGGUCUUGCCAGCAUUGCUGCACACAAAGCAAGCCGUGCUUGAUCGUGUCUGAACCACAGGAAGACCGUUCAUUGUGUGGCAUGCCGAUGCGCGAUACGGCCAUCAAUGUCAAAUAAUAAUACAUGUUGUUCGGAUCGUAUGGUGGCAGGUGUUCGUAUGUAACAAACUUCCGACACGUUUCUGUGUAAUUUACGCGCAAACUGAUACUCUCAAUAAUAAGAGUAGGCGAACCUUUUGCUGCGCAGCAAGUCCUUGGGUUCAACCAUCAUCACCGUAGAAGCUACCUCCACAUCGCAGCAGCUAGCUGUCGACCGACCCAACACGUAGACAGACGUAGUCCCACAGCUCACUCGGCGA